AUUUUUCUCCAUCGGAAGACCAAGAAGAACGCAAGCAGUCCGCUUUCUUCUAAAUAUGAAUCGAAACUUUUAUCGACAGAGCCGUUUAAGAUAUCUACUCGAAGAAACAUCUUGUCCCCGGCUAAAGUGUUUGUGCUUGGUAUUUUUAAACCGUCCUCAACUUUGCAUUGGUAUCUCGGCGUAUGGCACCAUAGGUUUCCUCAGGAAGUGGUAUGGGUUGCGAAUAGAGACAGCCCACUUGGAUAACAACCUCGUCCUCCUUGAUCAACACGGUACCCGUGUCUGGUGGACCAAUGUGACCAGCACAAAUCUCAUGAAAUCGCUAGUGACUGGAGAGCUUCUCGACAGCGGAAACUUUGUAUUGAGAUACAUCAACAACGACGGAGUUUUGUGGCAGAGCUUUGAUUUUCCGACAGAUGUUUUAGUCUCCGGUAUGAAAUUUGGCUGGGAUGCCAAAUCAAACAUAAACAGAGUUUUGAAAUCUUGGAGAAGCCUUAGUGAUCCUUCUCCCGGGGAAUACACAUACGGAGUUGAACGUCAUGAGCUCGCGCAAAGUUUCAUUCGGAAGAAAGGUGUGCCAACAUUCCGGAGUGACCCAUGGAAGACAAAAAAUGACGUAGAAUAUGAAAGUGGAAAUUUAACCUACACGACAUACCGCAUUACCGUGACCAAAGAGGAGGCCACCUAUUUCUUCAGUAUCACCAAUGAAUCCUUCUUCUCAAUAUUGAGAAUGUCUUAUAGCGGCGUGUUGAAGAGGUCUACGUGGAUUCCAAAACCACAACAAAUGUGGAAACGAUUGGAUAGUCUUUUACCACGUGAUACAUGCGGUUUAUACAAUAAAUGUGGAGCUUAUGGUCUGUGUGACACAAACACAUCACCAAACUGUGUUUGCAUCCAUGGGUUGAACUGCUCUAGGGAUGGGUUUGAGCAGCUCAGGACAAUGAAGUUGCCUGAUAUUACAAAGUCUAUUGUGGACAGGAGUAUUGGGUUGGAGGAAUGCCAUGGCAAGUGCAUUGGGAAUUGUAAUUGCACUGCGUAUGCUAACACGGACAUGCAAAACGGUGGAUCAGGUUGUGUGAUUUGGGUGGAAGAAAUCCUCGAUCUCCGGAAGAACGCGAUUGCUGGUCAAGAUCUUUUUGUCAGAUUGGCAGCCACUGAUAUCUGGGGUUUACAAUGUGCACCCAUGGAGCUUGAACAUAUUGUCAAUGCCACAGAAAAGUUUUCUGAUUGUAACAAGAUAGGACAAGGUGGUUUCGGUAUUGUGUACAAGAUAUGGAGGCACUGGAAGGAAGGAAAAGGGCUCGAGAUCGUAGAUCCGGUAAUCGUUGAUUCAUCGUCAACAUUUCGACCACAUGAGGUUCUAAGAUGCAUUCAAAUUGGACUCUUGUGUGUUCAAGAUUCUGCAGAGGAUAGACCGGCAAUGUCGUCUGUGAUUUUGAUGCUUACAAGCGAGAAAACAGAGAUGAAUCAGCCUGAACGGCCUGGUUCUCUCUUCAGUAGAAGUCGUUUUGAGAUUGGUUCCUCAUCUUCAAAACAGCAAAACGAAGAAAAUUGGACGGUGCCCGAUGUAACCAACUCGACCCUUAGUGGUCGGUAAUGCCGUUUUAAAAAAAAUAAAAUAAUAAAUGAUGUAUUUAAGU